AUGCGCGCCCUCCUCUACAUCUACCUCAAGAAUGAGCACGGGCUCGAGGGGCACGUCGCCCGCGCCAUCUCGCACGCCUUCAACUGCAUCGCGUAUUUCACGCCCGUGUUCGGCGCCGUUGCGGCCGACUCGUAUUUUGGAAAAUAUAAAGUGAUCCUGGUGGUGUCGAUCGUCUACGUGUUGGGCCACGCCCUGCUGUCGAUGGGUGCGUGGCCGGCGCUUGGGUCGGGCGUUCGCCAGACACUCGACUACCUCGGGCUGCUGACGAUCGCCCUCGGCACCGGCGGCAUCAAGCCGUGCGUCUCCGCAUUUGGCGCUGACCAGAUCCCAGCCGAUGCGGAGGAGCUGCGCGGGUCUUACUUCUCCUACUUCUACAUGGCCAUCAACACCGGCGCGCUGUUCUCCACCUUCCUGACGCCGCAGCUCCGCGACAUGCGCUGCGCCGGCGGCAAGACGUGUUACCCGGUGGCUUUUGGCGUCCCCGGUGUGUUGAUGUUCAUCGCCCUGGUCCUGUUCAUCUGCGGCUCGGCGUGGUACGUGAAGCGCCGCCCGCUCGGGCGCAACAUCUUCAAGGAGAUCUUCGGCUGUAUCUGGCUUGGCGCCAAGCGACGUCUGUCUGGCACCCCCCCGGAGCCGAAAUCGCCGGACGACGACGGCGACGCGUCCAAGUCGCAGUCAAAGUCCCAGAAGUCGCAGGUGUCGCGCCGCGGAAAGUCCGGCGUCUCCGAAUCGAAGCACAGCAAGGCGGAGUUGCCCAAGCCGGCCAAGGCGGUCAAGCCGGAGCAACCGGAUGAGUUCAACCGACGGUACCGCUGGCUCGACUGCGCCGCCCCAGAAUAUUCGCCCACGCAGAUUGUGGCUGUGAAGAGCACCCUGGCUGUCGUUGUCGUCUUGUGGCCGUUGAUCUUCUUCUGGUUCCUCUACGACCAGCAGGGCACCACCUGGGUCGAGCAGGCCACCCACAUGAACGGGCGCAUGUUCGGCAAGAUUUGGAUCAGUGCCGAGACGAUGCAAGUCAUCAACCCGAUCCUGAUCGUGACGCUGAUCCCCAUCUGCCGCUACGGACUGUAUCCGGCCCUCGAAAAAUGCGUGCACCUGACCGAGCUGCGCAAGCUGGGCACCGGCAUGUUGAUGGCGGCCGUCUCAUUUUUCGUCGCUGGCUUCUUGCAGAUCAAAAUCGACGCCGAUCUCGGUCUCCCGCCCGCCAACCAUGCCUACGUCCGCUCGCUCAACCACAACGAGAUCCCGCUCAACUCGAUCAACGGAACCGGGCAGUAUCUGCUCCACGAAAAUUUCCUGGCCGUCCCGUUCGGCGAGUACACAUCAUCGGGCGGCCCCGAUCGGUACGCGCUGCAACAGAAGACCUACACCGACGAGGGAGCCGUCGACAGCGUGGCUGCCAUGUUCCAUUUUGAUGAAGCCGAGAAGCCAGAGGGCGAUGACGACAACGUGGUGUCAAACUGGGAGCUGAAAAACGGCGCCACGUUCCUCUUCACGCACCGCAUCUGGGAUGAAGUGGAAUGGAACGUGCGUGUCGGCGAUGGAUGCAAAUCAGACGCCCCCGAAAAGUGCAAGACCGUCACCCUGGAGAAUGGUGCGGCGGCCGUGUACGUCUUGUGGGUACCGGCUAGCGGCGAGCCCCAGCUGGUGCAAGUGAUUGAGCCCUACCAGACGCACGUACUCUUCCAGCUUCCGCAGCUCUUCAUCAUCUCCCUGGGCGAGAUUUUCCUGUCCAUCACCGGCUUGGAGUUCGCGUACUCGCAGAGCCACCCGCUGAUGAAGAGUGUCAUGCAGGCCGUCUGGACGUUGACGGUGUCGUUUGGAAACUUGACGGAGAUGAUCCUGUCCAUGGUCAACCCCAUGAAGGGCAUGCCGAUGGUGGAGAUGUUCGUCUACGGCGGCAUCAUCGUCGUCGUCUGGCUCAUCUACGCCCUGCAGGCCUGCUGCUACGUGUACGUCGGCGGGUUCCCUGACGACGACGACGAGGAGCCGAUCUCACCCACCAAGGACUCGCAGGCAUCCAAGUACGACGACACACUAUGCUAUUCUUUAAACCCAUGCUUACAAGGAUGUGACGACAAAAACCUGCGGCAGACGACGGAUAAUGUAAUUUGGAGCGUGCCGCAUCUGGAGGCCCGAAACUCGGCAAAUCCGGGAUUGUAUCCCGGAGCUACGAUCACGACCGGAAGGGCGGAGCGAAAUGGAAUCGGAAAACGAAAGAAGCUAAAGAAACCUCCAUUAAAUACGUUGAAUAAA